UCCUAACCUCCGACCCUCCUUUAGUCCUCCUUCCUCCCACUUCAAUCCUUCACUCCCUCUCUCCCUUUUGUUCUCUUCUAGACUUAUUGAACCGCAGUCAUGAGUGGCUUACGGUUCCUUGACCUUGUAAAGCCUUUUGUGCCUCUCGUGCCUGAGAUUCAGCUCCCCGAAACCAAGGUUCCAUUCAACAACCGCCUGGUGUGGACUGGUGUUACCCUCCUUGUUUUCCUGGUGAUGAGCCAGAUGCCAUUGUACGGCAUCGUUUCGUCGGACACGUCCGAUCCGCUAUACUGGCUACGAAUGAUGAUGGCGAGUAACCGAGGAACGCUGAUGGAGCUGGGUAUAACACCAAUUAUCUCGUCGGGCAUGGUUUUCCAGCUCCUUGCUGGCACCCACCUCAUCGAUGUCAACCUCGACCUCAAGACCGAUCGCGAGCUGUACCAGACCGCGCAGAAGCUCCUCGCUAUCAUUCUGUCCUUCGGCCAGGCUGUCGUCUACGUUCUCUCUGGUCUCUAUGGCCAGCCGUCUGAUCUGGGUGCUGGAAUCUGCAUCCUCCUUGUCGUCCAGCUGAUCGUCGCCGGCCUCAUCGUCAUUCUCCUCGAUGAGCUUCUCCAGAAGGGCUACGGCCUCGGAAGCGGUAUUUCCUUGUUCAUCGCAACCAACAUCUGCGAGUCUAUCGUGUGGAAGGCCUUCUCGCCCACCACUAUCAACACCGGCCGUGGCCCCGAAUUCGAGGGUGCCAUCGUUGCCCUGGUGCAUCUCCUCUUCACCUGGCCUAACAAGACCAUUGCUCUGAAGGAGGCUUUCUACCGCCAGAAUCUCCCCAACGUGAUGAACCUGCUGGCGACUCUCGUCGUCUUUGGCGCCGUCAUCUACCUGCAGGGCUUCCGUGUGGAGAUCCCCGUCAAGUCCUCGCGCCAGCGUGGUGUACGCGGCUCUUACCCCGUCCGCCUGUUCUACACCUCCAACAUGCCCAUCAUGCUGCAGUCUGCGCUUUCCUCCAACGUCUUUCUCGUCAGCCAGAUGCUGUACUCGCGCUUCUCUGAGAACCUCCUUGUCCGCCUUAUCGGCACCUGGGAGCCGCGCGAGGGAUCGUCGCAGCUCUUCGCUACGUCCGGUGUCGCCUACUACAUGUCCCCACCCCUCAGCAUCACCGAAGCCCUCUCCGACCCUCUCAAGACCGCGGUCUUCAUCGUCUACAUGCUCACCGCCUGCGCCGUCUUCUCCAAGACUUGGAUCGAAGUCUCCGGCUCUUCCCCCCGCGACGUCGCCAAGCAGCUCAAGGAACAAGGUCUCGUCAUGGCCGGACAUCGUGAGGAAUCUAUGUACAAGGAACUCAAGCGCGUCAUCCCGACUGCUGCCGCUUUCGGAGGCGCCUGCAUUGGAGCCUUGUCUGUUACAAGCGACUUGCUCGGUGCAUUGGGUAGCGGCACUGGCAUCUUGCUCGCUGUCACGAUCAUCUACGGAUACUUUGAAAUUGCCGCCAAGGAGGGCGAUAUGGGCGGUUUGAAGGGUAUGGUUAUGGGAUAAGCCUUAGAGUUGAGGUUUAAGAUUCUUGAUACGGACGGGGAAGAUGUCACUGAGCACUUUUUGCCGUUCAAACGGUUUGGGAAAAGCGUUGAGGGAGCGGUGAAUACUACUACGUUGUGCAUAUAAGAGAAUAUGAAUUUAGUCGGUGUGCUUUAACAAGCACAUAUGAGUAAAAACAAUCUUGUUGCUGGAAUCGCGCAAAGGGUGAUAACAACCCAUAAGAGGGCUUCAUUGUCCUUUGAUAAUUCAUGCGUAUAUUAAACUCCUCGGCAGAAACACCUCCGUUACAGGCCAGUCUUCAAAUAACUUAGAUAUGGGAUAUUGGGUUGGCUUCCAUUUGUACUUCUUGUUACCUUAAUUGAUCGGUUUAAUUCAGGGUGCUACAAACAUCGGGUACCAAAAGGUACCAAAAGAGUCUGAAAAUCGAGCGGACCGGCUCCUGUUCACCCUCUAACGUUAGAUCAACUCGAUGGUCUAAUCUACAAUGUUGCGGACUUUA